AUGUAUAAUUAUUAUCCCAAUUUCUUUCAAUUAUUUAUUUUAUUUAAUUUUUUAAUUUUAUUUAUAAAUUCCCAACAACACACUUCCUCUAUUUUUGAAAGAGUUAAGCAAUCUAUUUGUCAGCCAAUAAUUAAUUUACCUUUGUGUGAAAAUAUUCCUUAUAACAAAACUAUUUAUCCAAAUCCGUUUAUUGAAAUUGAUCAAAUAAAUCUUCAAUCACAAAUAAAUCACUUUAAACCUUUAAUACAUACAAAAUGUUCUCCAAAUAUUCUUUUAUUUGUUUGUUCUGCAUUUGCUCCAAUGUGUUGGGUUUGUGAAGAAGUUUAUAAUGAUUGUAUUAAAAUAUUUAAUGAAUUUGAUUUUCCUUGGCCUCCAAUGCUUAAUUGUUCUCGUUUCCCCUCUCCCCCAACAAUUUGUAUGAAACCCGAACCUUUAAAUAAUAAAAAUAUUUUUUCUUCUAAUUUUAAUGAAAAAACAAUGCCUUCCUCAAUUUUAUCAACAACAAAAUUGCCAGAAUGCCCUUUAGAUUUAGUUGAUUUAGAACCAACAGAUUCAACGGCUAAAUGUGCUUUUAGAUGUGAAAAAACGACAAUGUUUAGAAAAGAUCAAAAAGAGCAAAUCCGUUUGUGGCUUUUUUGUUGGUCAAUGUUAAAUUCAUUAAUUGCUUUAUUUACUGUUUGUUUUUUUUGGAUAGAUCGACAAAGAUUCCGUUUUCCAGAGAGGUCAAUCGGGUUUCUUGCAUUUUGUUCACUUUUAUCAAAUAUACCUCAUUUGACACGACCAAUUAUUGGAUUUGAUGAAAUGGCUUGUAAUUCUUUAAUUUCCGGUGUUCGUUAUUUAAUUAUUGAAGGACCUCAUGAAAAUAAAAUUUGUUUUUUGAAUUUUAUAUUUUUUUAUUUUGGUUCAAUUGCUGGAAAUUGUUGGUGGUUAAUACUUGGGUUUACUUGGUAUUUAUCAGCCUCUCGUAAAUGGGUAGAAGAAGAAAUUGGUAAAAGAAGUAUUUUAUUACAUCUUUUUGCUUGGGGAUUUCCUUUAUUGUUGGUUAUUAUUUGUUUAAGUAAUAAUUUGGUAGAUGCUUCUGAAUUAACUGGAAUAUGUUCUUUAGGUAAAAAAAUAAUAUUUUUCUGGGCUUGAUAUUUUUGGCAAAAGCUUAAACCGAUAAUUAAUGAAAUUGAAUGAUUUUUUAAAAAAUCCCCUAAAAAUGAAAUUAAUUUUUAACAGGAACUGGAAAUGAAGACUGGGGAGUUCUUUAUACAUAACAGAGAUUGUUCGGGUCGAGAAUAAAGGCGGAUCGGAUUUCGGAUCUGGUUUUAAAAAUUCUUAGGAUCGGGUUUCGGAUAUCGGGUCGAAAAAAGGCCGUGUCUCGGCUCUCGGAUCGGGUUGUUCCUCUUCUUAGAAAACUCUGUGGAAUUAUCAGUU